AUGCCAAAAUCAUAUCUAUCUAUCUAUCUAUCUAUCUAUCUAUCUAUCUAUCUAUCUAUCUAUCUAUCUACAAAGUGUAGAAAGUAUGACUCUCUUUCUCUGUCUCUCUCUCUCUCUCUCUCGACGUCCGUGUCGCUGCAUACAACGAGAACUGUUUCUCAAUCCUUGGUACAUCAACAUAUAUCUAUCGGCAUCUUAGCUUCUAGAAAGAGUAUAAUUAAAGGACGCUUUUUCUCAUAUCUAUCUAUCUAUCUAUCUAUCUAUCUAUCUAUCUAUCUAUCUAUCUAUCUAAUUCUGCUUCUAUCUAUCCGUGUGUAUUCCUUCCUUGUUAUCUAUCUAUCUAUCUAUCUAUCUAUCUAUCUAUCUAUCUAUCUAUCUAUCUAUCUAUCUAUCCUUCAUCUUUUUCUGCCUCUCUCUCUCUGUUCGUUGUUGUGUAUCUAUCUAUCUAUCUAUCUAUCUAUCUAUCUAUCUAUCUAUCUAUCUAUCCAAUUCUGCUUCUGUCUAUACGUGUGUAUUCCUUCCUCCUUAUCUAUCUAUCUAUCUAUCUAUCUAUCUAUCUAUCUAUCUAUCUAUCUAUCUUCAUCUUUUUCUGCCUCUCUCUCUCUCUCCGUUGUUGUGUAUCUUUGUUCAUAUCUAUCUAUCUAUCUAUCUAUCUAUCUAUCUAUCUGUCUGUUUAUUAUCUCUCUUUCACUCUCUCUCACUUUCACCCUCACUAUCGGUCUGUUUCUAUCUCUAUUGUUCCUAUCUAUCUAUAUCUAUCUAUCUAUCUAUCUAUCUAUCUAUAUAUCUAAUUCUGUUUCUAUCGAUCACAGUCUAUUCGUUCCUAUCUAUCUAUCUAUCUAUCUAUCUGUUGUUAUCUCUAUCUCAGGUCACUCUCUAUCUUUUUCUGUUCCUAUUUCUAUCUGCCCAUAUCUCUCUAUAUCUUUGUCCUUUCUCUUAUACCUCUUUAAUAUUCUCUGUCUCUCUCCCACGCUAUCGGUCUGUUUCCAUAUCUAUAUGUACUUUUCUUUUUCCAUCUCUAUCAUCCUAGUUCUCUCUAUUUUUCUAUCUAACCCAGAUUGUUGUUAUCUAUCUAUCUAUCUAUCUAUCUAUCUAUCUAUCUAUCUAUGCAUUUUAUUAAAUCGGACAAAUGACAGAUGA